GCUAUUCCGGAUCUGCUGGUGAAGUCGGAGUUUGCGUCUGAGGUUGUUUCAACCAAAUAUGGGUCCCACACCCAUAUUCCCGAUUUACCAACUUUCUAACUUUCUGACCAAUAGGUCGAAAUGAGCUCGGGUGCAUUGGGACCCGAAUCAAAGGUCUACCUAAACUAAAAUCGAUAUUCUGGAUCUGCUGGUACAGUCAGAAUUUUUAUUCGAGAUUGUUUCACUGAAGUUUCGCCUGGUGGCCAUUUGAAACAGCAAAGACUUCAAAAUAGGGAACUGACUCAAAUGAACUACCCGAUAAUUGAAUCGUCACUCCCAACAAGUCAUAAAUGACUUGAGGCAACUACGGAGAAGAUCAAACGACAGAAAUAAGCGUAAGUAUAGAAAAUGACCUGAAGGGUCAUUAACAGAUGGCCUAUUACCGGAUAGCUCUUCAAUUUCUAUGUAUUCCUAUGUUGCUAUCUGCAAAACAAGUUCUUGAUGAAGGCUACUACAAAUAUUUUCAUCCUAAUUUAAGAUGACGCGAUCAUAAGAAAGCCAAUUCUGGUGUGGAAUGGUUCUAGCUGUGUGCUUUACCUACUUCAACAAUGGAGUGGAGGCACUGUUUUUCUUGUAUCUUUCUACUGUUUUCUUGCUCCAUUUUAGCUGGUGUUUCAGCCUCAACUUCAGCUUCUUUAUCAGAUGGGAUUUUUGUUAAUCAAGAUUCUACUGGGAGGAAUCUACUUCAGGCCAAGAAACCUUGUCCUAUUAGCUUCGAGUUUGCAAACUACACUAUGUUCACUAGCCAAUGCAGAGGACCGCAGUACCCAGCCAAACAAUGUUGUGAAGCCCUUUUGCAGGUUGCCUGUCCCUCAGCAGUCUAUGUAAAUGACUUGACAACUGAUUGCGCUGAUCACAUGUUCAGCUACAUUAAUCUUCACGGCCCGUACCCACAAGGUCUUUUCGCGAUGUGCAAAGGUGACAAAGAUGGGCUACCAUGUCCUGACAUAGCACCAUCAGAAUCUGCCAAUGCUAAUAGUAGCCCGAUGAGCUGUAGACUAUCACCGGUCCUGAUGACUGCAACUGCUCUUACGGCCUUGUUAUUGUUGCUUCUCUGAAGAUCCCUGAAGGUUUUGGCGCAGUUUCUGUAUAUUGAAACGCUCAAGUUUCUUCUGCCAUGGUACCACUGAUUUAACGAUCAACAAGAACUCAUUUGAGUCUGUGUAUUGAAAAUGACUCUCCUUGGUAAUCCGAGGAUCUGUUAAAUAUUACGUAUUUCAUUUUGUUGUAUCUUCA